AUGUACCUCCCAGUCCAGAUCUUAAUUUUCUAUUUCCUUGAAUUGUGUUACGCGUGUAUUCCUACGCAACAAGUUGAACCAACAACAACUACUACUCCAGUACCCGCAACUACAGCUACAGAAUCUCCAUUCCCUUGCUCGGUUUGUCAAAAGGUUUACGAUCCGGCUUGCCAAGGUUUUGGAAUACCUAGUUUACUGAACUGGUGCCCAAAGGCAGCAGAAGUUGGAGUCGAAUACCUAUUAGGAGCAGUUGCUGCUCUACCGUUUCUUCUGCAAGAGUCGUGCUCAACAACUAUAAUUUGUCCACCUGGAACGACACCAAGGAUCAAUUUAUUCGGUUUCACUGAUAUUGCAGCUCCGACUCCAGCUACUUUGGCAUAUUGUCGAGAGACUGGACCGAUGGCGGGAGAAUGGUUCACAGGAAUCCCACCUUUUGAAAUCAAAAUGGCUUCAUCAACUUCAAAUAGUCGAACCAAUCCCAAUGGAGGUGGUGGAACCAAUGGCGGUGGGGCACUCACAACAGCGGCAACCACAACUACAGUGGCAACAACAACCGUAACAGAACCACCAUUCCCUUGCAACAAUUGUCCCAAAAUUUAUGAUACCACAUGUCAAGGUUUCGGUAUUCCUAAUUGGUACCAGUGGUGUCCUACAGCCGCAGAAGUUGGAAUUGAAUACACUCUGGGGCUGAUUACUACACUUUUCCCAUUUAUCCCUCUUGGAUCUUGUGGGUGA